CAGCCACCAUGUUGCCAACUUUGAAAAACACUCAUCCAAAAGAAAGGGAGGCAGAUGGAGAGUUGAGCCGGAAGAAGCCUUUGAUCCCUGUUCUCAGCCCAGAAAUUCGCUUUCAGGACCACAUCCUGAUCUGCUCAUUUCUGGGGUGAUUUAACACCAGAGGGUGAUGUUCUUCUGCCUCUGGUCUAAGUGAUGGAAUAAUUGAGUAAUGUCAGUAGAUCAGAGUCACUUGGAGCUUUUGGCAAGCUUUGAUCGCAGCACUUGAACCUGCAAGAUAGUGGGGAUGGUUGCUUUUGUGUGAUGCUUUUAUACUUUAGGAAUUCUUACAUGUGGAAAGGUAGCAUGCCAGUGUGUUACCUUCCCGACAGGUAAUUCUUUUCGCCUACAACCUUAUCUGAAAAUGGCUGUUUUCUUUUUCAUAAGGGAACAAACAUGGAAUGGUCCAGAUUAGUAUAGUUUAUGAAACACUUUGCAAUUUUUUUUUAUUGUGUAAGGUCCAAACUGCUGGGUUGUGGCUGUUGUUGAAUUGCCUCUGUGUAGGACAGCUUGAAAUGAUAAACCAGAAAAUGUGCAAAAGAAAAUAGCAUUACAUAUAAAUCAAGCAGAGAGAUUAUUCCAAUAUUAACUAACCCUCAGUGUGUCAGGUAUGGUGGCUGAACCAGCAAUGUUCCCUGAUUCUGGAUUGAAGCACAGUGGUGAAGCUUAUGUUUUGAUUACAGAACAGCCUAGCCUAAGGUCAAUCCUCUCCAUCUUCUCAUAAGCCUGAAUCCUUGCAUGUGUUCUGACUGUGCAUGACAAAUGUUUAUACUCUCAAACUCUGUACAAAAGCAGUAACUGUAAUAGGAAAUUCUUUUGUUUUUUCAGUGUCUUGAUAAGAUAUAUGUUAAAUAAACUAGGGGUAGUCAAAUAAACUAGAGAUGGCCUCCAGAUGUGUAACUUCAAGUAACCUUUGGCAGCAUGAACACUUGUGAGGGAUAAUGGGAAGUGUAGGCCAAAAAUAGCAUCUGGAGAAUUCUACAUUACCUAUCUCUGAGAGUUGACUCUGAAUCCUCCUGAAGGCAUAGUAGCAGGGCCCAUGAAUGAAGAAAAUUUCUUUGAGUGGGAAGCUUUGAUAAUGGGUCCAGAAGAUACUUGCUUUGAGUAUGGUGUUUUCCCUGCUAUUCUGAGUUUUCCUCUUGAUUAUCCCUUAAGUCCUCCAAAGAUGAGAUUCACAUGUGAAAUGUUUCAUCCCAACAUUUAUCCAGAUGGGAGAGUUUGCAUUUCAAUUCUUCAUGCUCCUGGAGAUGAUCCCAUGGGCUAUGAGAGCAGUGCGGAACGAUGGAGUCCUGUGCAAAGUGUAGAGAAGAUCCUCUUGUCAGUGGUUAGCAUGCUAGCAGAACCAAAUGAUGAAAGUGGAGCCAAUGUGGAUGCUUCUAAAAUGUGGCGAGAAGACAGAGAGCAGUUCAACAAAAUAGCCAAGCAAAUUGUCCAGAAAUCACUUGGUCUUUAAAAAAAAAAGAAAAGAAAAGAAACUUUUGACAAUCUUACUGAACAUUUUACAGACAGAGAGUGAUAAUAGUACUCUGAGUUGUUACCAAAAGGCAAAUCUUGCAAAAUUGUUCAUGAGUUUUUUGUUCCUCCCUAUAUAUAAGCAUGCACCAACCCUUUUAUGCUUUGGAAGAAAAAUCCAAAGACAUACCAGUAGAUGGGAUCCAUGUACUGUAGUGCUGUAAUCAGCUUCUGUUAGUAAAAACUUGUUGUUAUAUCUCUCCAGUUAUAUUUAUAAUUAUUAUCGUAUUACCUUUCAUUGCAGUACCAUUCACCUGUGCAAGUAGUGGGAGUGAGACUAUCUGUGAAUAUCUUACUGCUUAGAAAAGUAUUAAAAUAUUGUUGGUGGAAGCUGUUUGCCACCAACGAGAUUUAUCCUUUUAAGAAUAUCUUAUUUACAUAAUCUCAUUUAAUUAAAAAAAAUGUUGACCUUCAAAAUGCUACACAAUAAAGUGAACUAUCUUUGUCCUGGGGAAGAAGUGGUCAGUGUAAUCUCAUUUCCUGGUAUAGCAUUCUGCUUGCCUAAAUGAAUAAUAUUUUAUAUAAUUGGGCUUGAAGAUAUUCAAAAGCAAUAUAAUUCUUCCUGAGGCAUAAAUUGAACUUGGUGUAACUGUUAGAGGCUCAGUGUUACUUGGACAAUCUGUUAUUCUUAAAAAUAUUUGUUUUCUCUGAUAGGUAGCCCCUAUCCAUGAUAGAUACAAGAAAUAAUAAGGUGACUGUAUUGCAGAAGAGCAAUCUUUUCCCAAUUAACUUAUAAUUCAGAAUAGUGAACUUUUGUGUCUAGUAUAAAUAAUUACUUUUAAAUCUAGUAUUGUCUACUCAAUAGUUCUAAUGGAAAUAGGAUGACCAGCAUUCAGUAUGAAUUUUGCUGAAGGAAUUGUUGACUUCUAACAUCAGUUAUUGUAAUUUCCUAAGGGUAUGAUUAAAGGGAAUACACACACAUACACAUACCAUUCCUCUGUUUAUUGAUUUACUUGGGCAAAAUUACAGCAGUAAGGGACAUGUUUUUGAAGGAUAUUUCAUGCAUAUUAGAAAUCCAUGACAUUAAGAGGAUCCAAUUGCUCUACAUUUGUUAGUUCUUUAGGAUGUCAAUAGAGUUCAAAUAUAUUAUGUAAGAAAUAUCUUUAACAACUGAAUUAGUCUUAAACUAUACUUAGAUGUUUCAGUUCAAUCAAAUCAGUGUUUCACAUUUAAAUCAGUGCUUUAUAGAUUUGCAGUCUAUGAAGGACUGGCUCAAUAAAAUACAUUUUUUGAAUUCACUUCAUGUAAUUCUUACACUGAACUUCACUUGGUAUCAUCCAAAAUGGAAUUGCAUCCAUUGAACUUUAGGGUUUAGUGGUAUACUUUGGCCAGGUCACAUAUUAUUGUAAUAGUAUGUUUCCAAUGGAAAUCAGUACCAUACUCUGACUGUACCACUGGAGAAGCUGAGCCCAGGCCUUUCCCUAGUUAUAUGAAGCUUGAUCUAAAAGCAAUUCCUUCCCAGUGGAUGAAAAUCUAAAGUAUAUUGAGAUAUGUUGAUUAUGAUGAUUGGAGAGAUAAAUGUUAAACAGAGGUAUAAAUUGGGAUAGUGUAAAAUGAGAUAAGUGUUUUUCCAAAAUACCAUGCCAGAUGUUACUUCUCUGCACAUAGGACUUGUUUAUUCAUUUUAGAAUGAUACAGUUUGAAGAAUGCAGCAUGCUUGUAUUCUUAAAGGAGAGUGUUAUAAACUUCUUUUACUUAUUUAUGAUUCAGAGUUCUGAGGAAAGCCAUCUAUUCAUGUACAAUAUUUAUGCAUAUUUUUUAAAAUCAUAAUUUACAUAUAAAAUGAAAAUAAGGGCAUAUUUUUUCUUAAAAAUGCAAUAUCAAUUAUAUUAAUAGUUUGGAAAAUAUUGGACUUCAUCAUGGAACAAAUGUGGAAGAGGGUACAUUUUGCUAAAGUUAAAAUGCCAUCAUGGUAAAAUGCAGAUUGUUGUUGAGAUCAAAAGUAUAUGAACCAAUUUGGUGUGGGAUAUUGUAGAGAUAAUGUCAGUAACACUUCUAAUUCAAUUGGCAUUUGAUGGGAGAUUGUUUACAUUUGAAGAGGGUUAUUUUUAAAUUGCCUAUUAGGACUGGAAAGCAUUCAGAAGAUGUGCUUUGCAAAGUGUGUUAGCACAAAUGAGUAAUGUGAAGUAUUAAAACAGGUGUAUCCUUUGCCAGGUUUGUCUGGCUGGUUCAAAAGCUGUACCUGAUUGUGUGUGCAUUGCAUGUGCAGACUCCACUUGUGGGGCCAGGUUGUGAUUGCACAUGCAUGCAGAGCCAGGGAAGAACCUUGCAAAAGAUGGAGUUGCUUUAAUACUUCAAAGAAAGGUACUUUGCCCUUGCCAACACUCUGCGCUAAACAUUUCUUUCAAGUGCUUUCCACCACCUUGUUUGAACUAUGAGUGCAUAAAAUACAUUUACAAUGUU